AUGGAGUCUUUGUCCUGUUCGAUUUGUGGGAAAUUUAUGUCAGCUUUCGAUAAUUAUGUGAGACACUUGCGUCGUAAUCACGGAGAUAUCGGAGCCCAAACAGCAUCGGCCCUAGUGAAAGAGAAAAAGGAAGCAAGAAUGGCAUUGAAGCAGUACCAGUGCGAUUUGUGUAACUUCAGGGGCUCGUCAAAAGAUGCCGUGAGAAUGCAUAAAGCUAGGAAUCAUAGGCAGGCUCUCGCUCCACUUACAAAUUUAAACGCAGAUGCAACCAGCCAGAAGCAGGGUUUGGCAUGCCCCCAAUGCCUCGCAAAUACUCGCGAUACAAGAAGCCUCAUCGAACAUGCUCGUUUGGAGCAUGAGUUUCAAGGCGACAUUGUAACCCAAGUGUUCGAUAACCAUGCAGACUUUAAGAUUUGGAAAGAGAUGCACGAGCGCCUCACUGUCACAUCAUGGUCAUGUUACGCUACCUCUGCAAGAAAUGGCUAUAAGAUCAAAGUAUUACAAGUGCCACCGACAGUUGAAAAUGAAGCUGUUGGACAAUCGAAGUUGAGUAUUGUGACAAGCACCUUGGACAUACUAUUAGUGGUGCUCUACUACCCUUGUCUAAUAGCGAUCGGAGAGAAAUCAGUCAGCUGCUCAAGGAAAAAGUUCUCUGUCCCUAGUGUCACAAGAGCCAUUCGUAUGGACCACUCCUCACCAUCUGAACGCCUAUACUGGGUCACAUCCACGGACGUUAGAAACGUAUUAGCGACUAUGGAACUAGAAAGAGGAAAGUUCCAUGAUAACGAUCUUCGCUCAAUUGCGAUACGUUUCAUGAAUAAUAACCCGGAGGACGGGCUUCGUCUUUUUCAAGAGCCCACAAGUCCAGAUGGCUCAGGAUUUUGCUUGAUCGUCAUAACGCCACUGCAGCUGACAAUGCUGAAAAAAUACGGAACCAGUGGAGUUAGCCUAGAUGACACCCACAACCCAUGUCGCUAUAACCUCAAGUUGUUAACCAUGAUGAUAGUCGAUAGCGUGGGCAGAGGAGUACCCGUUGCGUACAUGUUAAGCGCAAACAUGGAUAAAGAAGCAGUCAGCAAGUUCUUCAGCGUUGUUAAAAACCUCUAUCCAGACUUUGGUCCGGAAUACUUUAUGACAGACAACUGUAACACAUUCUGGAAUGCAUUCGUUGAAACAUUUCCGGAAGCAUCUCGGCGAACAAAGCGCUUGUUGUGCUCAUGGCACAUACAAUGCGCUGUAUUUGAUAAGUUCGCCUGGUUGUUUCCCCAGAAGAGUCCGAGAAAUAAGGAACUACACGCUACUCUGCUUUCUCUUUUUACUGUGUCAAACAAACCCGAGUGGCAUCGGUGUCUUUCAUAUCUAUACAAGAGGCUUCGCGAAUUGCAGUCGAAUGGCGAAGAAAGUGUCAAGGAAGCUGCUGCAACUUUUGAACAAUAUCUUUCGUCGAACUACAUUCCGAAAAAAGAAGCAUGGGCCCCGUAUGCAAGAUGUUCGAGUAUUAUGAACACAAAUAUGUUCAACGAGCGUUUCCAUCGGUCACUCAAAUACACGUACUUGAACAAAACUUCAAAUUCACGCCUAGACGCUCUCUUACAAGCAAUGCUGGACAUUGUGUCGGACACAGUCAGAAGCCAUGAAAUAAUGGAUACCAGAGAUCUUAUGGAAGGCAAAUUCCGCCAGAAAGAGAACUUGAAAAGACAUAGAUUGGCAGUUGAAAACGGAAUGUAUUACGCUAUUGUUCGAACAGGAAAAUCAUCUUGGAAGUUAAAGUCAACAAGUGGUCGAAUAUACUGCAUUAAAACCACUUCGUGCCCCUGUAAAAAUGGUUGUGAGCAACACUGCCUGCUCUGCGGCGUUUGUCCUUUCGCAGUAUUCUGCUCUUGUGCAGAUAAUAUAAAAGCAGGAACUUCCUGCAAGCAUUCACACUCAUUCCAACUGCUCCACGAUGAGCAUGACAUUAUUACUGAUUGCUGGGACCGUGUCGACGAUAAACCCUGUUUCGACGAUGACCCCGACGCACCGGCAGCAGAAAACUCAAGUGACUCCGACCUGAAUAAUAACCAAGUGGACAGGGUGGAAGCAAACAGCUGUGCGCCAGACAACCGUAGAGAAUUUUGUAUGGAUAUCAGAAUUAGGACUGAAAGGAUGUUCGACUUCCUCUCUGCGUACAUAGGAAAACUGGCAAUGAAAGGAGAUAACGAAGCUGAAAUAGCACUAGUACAAGUGGAACGCUCAAUAAGGACAGUGAUAGAAAAUAGGACUGAGCUGCGAAUCGCAAAGAAGAAGCAUGGUAUUCCACCUUUGAUUGCUGAAGAUAUAGAGUACGACGAUGAAUUGGAUCUGUGUGCUAUUUGUGAUAAGCGAGAACCCGUAAGUUCCGUGGACACCUUGGAAGCCCCAAUCGACUGGCUCCAAUGUGACAACUGUCUCACGUGGGUUCAUCUGCAGUGCAUAAGCACACGAGAUUGUACCUGCUGUGGGGCAGGAUUCCUCGAAAUCGCGCAUUAUAGAGGCUCAGAUAGUAAUUUAGAUGCGACGUUAAUCAAGUGGGAAGGGCGUACAUUGAUAGCAUCUCGCCGACCAAGAAAUGCCAGCACAGAUUUUUCAGCUUUUGAAAAGGAAAACAUCGUCUCUCAGAUUGAGAAGGUUUGUUCUGACAAACAGCGUUUGGUGAAGCGAUCUCGCGUCAAGAAGUCUGACAUAGAGAGGAUUGGAGGGAAUCCUGAGGCCGAGGAAGACGAGGAAAUUUACGACGACGAUGAUUUUUACCAAGUUCUCUUGAAAGAACUGAUUAGCAAGAAAUCAAGUAACACUGAGGACCCUGUUGCAAUGACCAGGCAUUAUAUUGAAAUGCAGAAGCUGAAAAGUAAAAGAGCUAGAAAAAAGGAAAUUGACAACCGAGCUUCUAAGGAUAGAAAAUCAAAUACCUUCCAAUUCCUAAACUGGUGA